AUGAUUUGCAUAAAAUGCGGGAGGUGCAACUCUAGUCUGUACACUGUGUACAACAAGACGAACAUAAAGUUGAACGAAUGCAAUCGGUGCAGAAACAUAUGUGAUGAAUACAUGGAGAAAAACACAUUUCUAAUUUUUAUUAAUAUUUUAUUCCUCAAGCCUGAAGUUUAUAGACAUAUCAUAUUUAAUCGACUCAAAUAUCACGACAAAUUUAUUCACAUCUUUUUUCUUAAGAUGAUUAUUUUAUUUUUAAUAAUAAAUGCUUAUUUACAUCCCAACUUUGAAAAUGACCAUAAGGAAGGAGAGAGUUUUUCAAACUUUUUUUUGAAGAACACUACCUUCGGGGAAAACACACAAAGGAAUUAUCCGAAUCAGGAUAACUGCUCCUCCUACACUCUGUUUAUGUACAAAUAUGAUGAUAAGCACAAGCUCUAUGGGUUAUAUAACAUUUUCAACCAGUCCAAUGUUCCGAAUUUAGUUAAUAUACACAAGAACAAGUUUUUAACUUGCAUUUUUCACAACCGAUUUAGGGAUUACAAUAUGUGUAUCCUUAACCGGAAGUACGAACAUAUGGAGGAUUACGACAAGCGGUUGAUUGAUUUGUUUCUGCACAACAAGGAGAGCUAUGGGAGGAAGGAAGCGCAGGCGAGUAGUUGGAAGGGAAAGCUUACUGAGGGGGUUAGACCCCCGGCUGGGAAGUCGACUUCGGAGAGCCCCAAUUGGACAGAGCUCUACCCAUUUAUAGACGGAAAAAAAUGGCUACUCAAGCUAAUACAGGGAAGCGUAAAGUAUGAAUCGAUAUUCAAACUGAGAAAGAAUCAUCGACUGUUGAGGAACGACAUUGUUACGUUGAACAAUUCGGAAGAAAACAGUAGUCUGUUUCAAAUCAUAAACCUCCUCGUAUAUUACCAUGUUGAUGAUUACAAACUAGUGCUGGAGACGAGAGAGAAGGAAGCGUACAACAUUGAUUACCUUGUUAAUUUUUUGCAUAGAAUAUUUUUUUACCAAAAUGGACAUGAAACAAAGAAUUACUUCAAAAGUGAGAUGAAGUCAUUUGUAAGGAAAGCCUCCACAAAGAGUAUUUGUCCCGACCCGAGGAAAGAGAUCUUUCCCCCUAACAAGUGCUACGAUUGUGAGCUCCAUGACGAUCCCUAUAAUAAUUUAGACAAAUCAGGCGAUGAACUUAACAGGCUGUGCAGAAAUAUUUUCAAAAAUAUCGAUUUUACGUUUCAUAAAAAUGUGGAGGAAAUAAGAAAAAAGGAAAAUCAGAAGAAACAUAAAUUUAAAAUUAAACAAAUCAGUAUGUACUCCAAGCUUUUAUUUUCCGACUUGGAUAAUGAAAAAUAUAUUUUGAAAAUAUGUAAUUCUUCUUUUUCGUUUAAAAAAUUAAAAUCCAUUAUCAUAAAUUAUAUGCUCUACUUUUUUUUUUUGUGCAUUUUUACAUAUAUUCUAAAGUUAUAUCAGGAGAAAAAAUACAGAGUUAAGAUAACCAUGGUGAAGUACAAUUACCUGUUUAUGCUCUUUGUACUGAGCAACUACCCCAUCGUAAUUUAUUUCAUCCUCAAGGUGUUCAAUUAUAACUACAUCAAUAUAUAUCUAAAUGUAUACACCAUUAUAUGCAACACAAUCGCUUAUCAUAUAUUUAUUUCCAAUGACGAGAAUUAUAUUUGCUACUCCAUAUUUUCUGUGCUAGCCAGUUAUCUGUUGAAGAAUUUUCUCAUGAUUAAAAUAGGGAAUUACCUAUAG